GAGACUCAUUUUGAUGCCAUAAAUGGAGGGAGGAGGAGGUGCUGCGGCCCAGCAGGCAGACACGGAGAUGGCAGAGGCGCCAUCGGACCCUCAGCAGCCACCGGCGGCUGCUCAGGCGGCGAGGAUCGAGAACAUCCCGGCUACGUUGAGCCAUGGGGGAUGGUAUAUUCAGGACAACAUAUUUGAAGUGACGGCAAAGUAUAGGUCGCCUAUUCUGCCCAUCGGGAAGGGCACAUACGGCAUCGUUUGGGGCUCGGCUUUCAAGUCAUAGAGAAUGUAGAAGAAGCUGAUUUUAUUCUGGCCCAUGGUACUAAAGCAUUGGGGCUCGCUUCUGGAGAGGCACAUCCUGCUAGUCUUGAGGAUUUCGAAAUAGUAUUGGAGCUUUGUGCAGCUAAGAAAAUUCCAAUUAUUGUAGCCAAUCCAGAUUAUGUGGCUGUUGAGCCUAGGGCUCUGCGUGUUAUGCCCAGUAAAUUCCAUUCUCUUUAGUAUGCCACAUCAUUGUGAAAGGAAAAUAGCUACUCUGUGCUGGAAGCUUUCACUCUACUGUUACAUUUUUAUACCUGUUGCUGAUGUUUCCAUUAACAUUCUGGUUACUGCACAGAACCUGGAAUUUCUCUAUAUUUAAAUUGCAGAUUUUGGAAUUUUGUUGUUCUACCUUUUGAAAUUUAAGUUUUGUCGAUCCUUCUAGGUACUUUGGCGUCAAAAUAUGAAAAGCUUGAAGGUGAAGUGACAUGGAUGGACAAACUUGAUAAUGUCACUCGAUCUCUUAGUCUUAUUCUAAUUAGUAAAAUUGUUCACUCAUAUUUUUUUAUGUAUAACAUCAGUAUAUGUGCAGUUGACUUUGCUUUUACACCUUUCUAAUAUUUCAUAAGAUAACAUAUAAAUCAGUGAUGGACAUGGUCGUUGUUGCUACUAGCAACUCCAUUGCUGUGGGUGAUUCCCUUCACCAUGAUAUUAAGGGAGUCAAUGCAGCUGGAAUCCAGUCAGUAUUUACUAUUGGAGGAAUUCAUGCAAAUGAACUUGGACUAAGCAUGGGUGCCAUUUCCUACAUGUCUGCCAUAUGAGGAAGAUUUAUAAAAGUUGGUUAACGUGUC